AUGGGAUUAUGGAAAUUUUUAAAGGAUUAUUUUCUGGGGUUUUGGGAUUAUGAGACCCCAAAGGUAAUGGUGGUGAAAAACAGAACUCUUGGAGUCAUUUACAGAGCAGUCCAGUUCCUGGUCAUCACCUAUUUUAUCUGGUAUGUUUUUAUCAGUCAGAAAGCAUACCAAGAGAGUGAGACCAGACCAGAGAGCUCCGUCUAUACCAGAAUGACUGGGGUGGCGUUGCUAGGAGACAGCGUGCGGGACAUGGUGGAAUAUGUCCGCCCUUCAGAGGGUGGUGAUGUCAUCAGUGCAAUUUUGAGACAAGAGGUCACACACGAUCAGAGACAGGGCACGUGCCCGGAGUAUUACAUGGUUCCCAACGCAAACUGCACACAAGAUUCCGACUGCAUUGCAGGUGAUGUGGAUUUCGACGGUAACGGGCAGAAGACGGGUCGGUGCGUACCAUACUACAAUAAAACAUUUAAGACUUGUGAAAUUAAGACUUGGUGUCCUAUUGAAGAAUAUGCAGCAGUCAGGGAACCACCGUUGGUAGAAGCCAUCAACUUCACUGUCUUCAUCAAGAAUUCAAUCCACUUCCCAAAGUUCAAAGUGCUCAGAGGGAAUAUAAAGAAAACCAAACAUGACUACCUGAGACGCUGUCACUACCAGGAGGAGACCAGUCCGUACUGUCCCGUCUUCCGCCUGGGUUACAUCGCCGAGCAGGCCAGGGAGAACUUCAGUGCCCUGUGUGAAACGGGAGGAGUAAUUGGUGUCUACAUCAAUUGGAAAUGUGACUUUGACCUGGAUCCCUCUAAAUGUACACCAACGUACUCAUUUCGACGACUCGACAUCCGGAAGAUCCCUUACACCUCCGGAUAUAACUACAGGUUUGCCAAGUAUUACCACAAAAAUGGCCAGGAAUUCCGGACGCUCAUCAAAGCCUACGGAAUUCGUUUGGACAUCAUUGUACAUGGCUACGCGGGGAGAUUCAGCCUUAUUCCGACUAUUAUCAACACAGUGACAGCCAUGACAUCAGUAGGAAUUUGUUCCAUCAUCUGUGACUGGAUAAUGCUAACCUUUAUUGACAAGAAUGAAAUCUACAGCGAGAGGAAGUUUGACAAUGUAUCCAAAAAGAUCCCCCAGCCCGUCUCAACAGAACUAACGACCACAGAAUAUGGCUCCACCCACUCAGAUCUCUCAGAGGGCGUGGCACUUUGA